GGCCUCGGUUAGCAAGCUGUCCGAGUAGCACUGCUUACGAAACCACACACAACCAUUUUUAUUGAACCGUUUAAGGGAUACAGGCGUUGGAUUCAUGCUAACUUCAUGGUACCAUCUAUCACACUCCUCUCGCUGCAUGCCGCUUUCGACGAUGUAUCGAUAGCUUUUUUUGCACUGUUCAGCCUUGAUUCAGAGGUUUUCAAAAAGGAACUAGAUACAACAAUCCUCAAAGACAGUAGAAACUUAUGACCAAAAAAGUGAAAAUCUGUAAAUUGUUAAAACCAAAAUCGCUAACAAAUACAUUAGAAAAAAUGUGCUCAAAGGUACCGACGAUAAAAUACAUUAGAAACCAAAACGAUACUCUUACCGGAUAGUUUAACUGAAAUAAACUCAGAUAAAGUGAAAAAUAGUCUUGAUAAGCAGUAAACCAUUAAAACAAUAAAACUAACUCAGCGAGGUCAAAACACCAUUGUACUUUUAAAUAGCGCGCAUCCAAGACAUUUGAUUGCAAAGCUUUUAAAUCUGUAUACAUUGAAUUUUGGCUUAGGCGCUAUUAUAUGUUGGGUUAGUCCUGUAGAAUUUACAUAUAAAGCUAAUCAGCAUUGAGAAGUGAAGAAGUUCGAACGGGCUAGGCGCACGUGUUGAAUGUUGCGCAACUUUUUGACAUGCAAAGCCCUAUUGGGCAGUAUGCUGCUCCGUCCUGUGAUGUUGUGGCCCAAUCUGGCCGACUCAAAUGGUACUGCAACGAAAUUCUGAGAAGAAUCGAAGGUUCAGGACCUAUUUCAGUAUUAGAGUUCAACAAAGAAGGCACACAUCUGGCUUAUGGAAACGCCGAUGGGAUUGUUAGUGUCAUUGAAAUUGGCCAAGCGAAUUAGGAUCUUUCUGAAGCAACACACCAUUGUCAUUCCUGUUCGAAACCCUAUCAGGUUUUCCUAAGCCACGAACCAGAGUUUGACUGUCUAAAGUCUCAAGCAAUAGAGGAGAAAAUAAACCUUAUACGCUGGCUCCCGAAAUCUGGGCUUUCCCACUUCUUGUUAUCUUCCAAUGAACGUACUAUAAAACUUUGGCAGUUGACUGAACUACCGACACAAUCGUUUACAAAUCUGAAUUUCCCCGUUGAAUCCGGUUGCCGACGUAAAGUUGUUAUCAGGUCAUUAUCCGAUAUCAAAGUCCCUGUCUGUUUGAAGAAUUAUGGAAAUACAAAUAUACGUGUACAGAAUAAAAAAGUAUUUGCUCGUGCCCACGGUUUUUCAAUUGUCGGUUUGUCACCCUCUGCUGACCGUGAAACUUUCUUCUCUGCCGAUCCACUGAGGAUUAAUAUGUGGAACUUAGAAGUUACUAAUGAGGUGUUCAGUAUCCUUUUACCAAUGACUUAUUUAGUCUUUAUUAACCAGUUACAUUUUGUCUACUAUCAUUAAUUUAUUUGGUAUUAAUCGCUUUUAUCUUGAGUCGAUUCUACUUUUUCAACGUUUAUCUCGUGAAAAUAGAUUUAUAUCUAUAAAAUUCAGAAUAUAAAAGUUGUUUGUCUCGAUUCGUACAAACCAUCAAACAUUACACAGUUCAAUACUGGUGUCAUGUUUUCGAUUGAAAUCGCUGAUAAGUUCUGAGUCCCACUUCAUAAUAUUGAAAUCUCUCCAGUUCGAUUCGAUCUUAUCUGUGCAGCUACGUAAGUGCUGGUGGUGACCUGAGUGGUGAAAUCAACUCAUAAUGUAAACGAGAGUGGUUUAUGCCAAUCUGGGUCAUCUUUGGCACCUUCGUGAUGUUAUUCUGGCUGUGAAAGGUCGGGUAUACAACGUAUCAGUUAGAUCAGUUUUGUUUUAUGCUUGUAAAACCUGACCCCUUCGAGUUGAGAAUGUUAACCAACUGACCAUCGUUUUCUCCUAGGGAUUGCUAGCCUUCAAUGGCAACACCAUGUUAGUAAUGGGGAGGUUCGAUAACGUGUGUUUACGACAGCGACGAUAAUUCAGUUGGUAUCACUAUCUUGAAAUAUAGACUUCGGUGGCUUGAACAUGUACUGCGAAUGUAGUCCCAACGAACUCCAUAUAGUUCAUUAUUUGCAGAUGCUUGGACUUGUUCGAAAAAUUCGAGAGGUGGUCAGUGUAUUACAUGGUGUCAUAGGAUGAAAGAAUGCUGAAGAGGAAUGGCAUCUGCGGGACCUUUAAGACUCUUUUUUGGGUCCUUGAGGUGCUACACCACAGUAGCUUGAAAUGUUAUCAGAAAUGGCUUGGAAUAGAAGCUAGUAACGAUCCUGAUGUAUUUUUCUUUUACUUUAUUCGUAAAAGUAGAAGUGACUUUUUAACUGGAAAAAUUUCUUAUGAUUAUAUUUUUCCUAACUGGACUGCUUCUCCCAUUAUUAUUACUGCUCUCAUUCUCAUACACUAAUUUCUAUGGAUUGUGGUUCAUUUGUAUUAUACUCACUUUACUUUUUAUACCUCUUUAUAACCUCAUUUUUAUUGUGUGGUCCAUAUAUCUUUGGCGCCCUUAUGCACCAAUGUUUAUGUGUUCAAAUAAAUAAUCCACAAUAAACUUAUGGAAGGCAUUAACUUUAGAGAAGCUCUUACUUGAAAAUCAGUUCAUUAUGGACCUGUAUACAACUAUAAUGUGAUGAACAGAAAUUCUUUGGAUUGCGAAUUAAGAUGAUUUUCAGUGUUGGAAAUUAUUUCAAAAGUUUAUUGAUUUGCUGGAUAUAGCUUUUCCAUAUAUGUGAAGGACCUUUGAAUUUGAAAUGAAAUAAUCAUGACUAUUUAAAAAUGUGUUUAAACUGUCAUCUGUUAUUCAUUGUAAUUACCUGACUUGGAACAACUCUAAUGUGUUUUUAAAAUGAAAUUAUUUCAGGAAACAACAGUUGUUUUGUCAACACACUUUGGAUUUUUUCAAUAGUAUUUCAGAAAUAAUUCUAAGUAGUCUGUUUUCAAAGGUCAACUGUUGUGAAUUCAUGUAUUUUCUUAAGGAUUCCAACCGUUGUUAUAAAAUACCAAUACACUAAAUGUGAAACAUCUGUCAAAUAACGAUGUCAUCAACUAACUGGGAUAGUUUGAAGUACUGAAAGGAGCAUUCAAAUAUGUAUAAUCCUGUUUUAAUUAUAUUUUUAUACCUGAUUUUUUUGGUAUGCAAUAUAUUUUUCUUAACUCAAAACUCCUUGACACUGCUAAUUUAAAGGUGUCAUUGAUCAUAUGCUUGAUCGUUUGGACGAUCGCUCACAUCUAAUCACCGGAAUUAGUUGUAGCAAUUCUUCUCCAUCAUUAUUUGCAUAUGGCACUAACAGGGGUUCCAUUUUUCUUUGUGAUACACGGUCAAGCUCUCUUUGUGACCACGCUUCUCUUGUUUUUCAUAGUCUUGCUGCAGACGAAUCAGAUGUGCUUACAAUUCUCACUAAUUCAGUUUCCGAUUUGAAAUUUGGCCAAUGCUCCGAUUACAUUAUAUUUUCCCGUGAUUAUUUGAGCGUUAAAAGUAAACACUCAUUUUGGAUUUGUUUUUUAAAAGUUUGUAUAACUCCUAAACUAUAAUUUGGUUUUAAAGAUAUGGAGGGUUCCCGAAAUUUUUCAGUUUAAAAGUUAUUUCUCAUCACAAACUGAUAUCGACCUAAGGACUGUUGAAAAGCAGUAAUCUAAGCAAGUGGCUGGAGAUAGUCGGAGGAAACUUCUGCUUAAUCUAGGUUUCCUGCCAGUUGAAAUUUGUCAACAAAGCGUACCUACAACCUUUCAAGGACUUUCCAUGUGAUUUGAAACCACUCCACCCAACUUCACAGUUUAAGACGUUAUCGUUGAGCUGUUUGGGUCACGACUUUUCUGUAAGAGUGAGGUAUUUACAAUUGAUUGAUCACUAAGUAUUUGCCGAUUUUAUGUUGGUCUAGUUCUUUGGUUCCGCCCAAAUUUUAUCAGUCGAGUUGAAAUUUAGCCAGCGGCGUAAGUGGAUUUGACUUUGAGUGUACUAUGUUGAGAUAUCAUAUGGUUGAAAUGAUUUGUACUAGUGGCUUAAUUGACAGAACUGAACCGUCCCCAAAAGAGUAGGUAAACGUAAUACUAAUCAUUCAAUGGUUAAUUGGUUAUAGAACCAGGUGUCAGAGAGCUGUGUUAUUCUAGUUUUAACUUUUCCUCUCAGAAGUGCAUAUCUUUAUGACACAAUGGGGAGUCGAAUCUAAGACCUUCAGGUCUUGAUAGUAGUACAAUAUCCUUAGAUCAUCCAGUCGUAACCCAAUGACAGAUGUUUUAAACUAUAAUAAAUGCACAACAUUUCUGCACUAUAAUUGAAUGCCGUCGAUAAAAUAUCUGUCUCACUUCAAUUUUGCAAAUUAUUCUUAUGGCUUGCAUCUCACUAGCGAAACAAACAAUUAUGUUUAGCUACAUGGUUUUCACGGUUCCUUAGUCCAGUUUGAAAUCAAUUCUUUUUAUUACUACUAAGCGACAUCAAGUGGAUAACUUUUCAACGUGUCUGAAAACGUUGAACACAUUCUCACCUUACUUUCGAUCGACCAUAUAUAUUUUUGUAUGUAUUUUUUUAAAUUUAUCCCCAUACUCAUGGUAUAGCUUGGGAUUCACGAAUGCCAACUCAACCAGUUGAAGUUUAUCCUGUCCAACGUCAUUUAAAAAAGCAUUUAACUGUUUUAUACGAAAGUGAAUUACUUUUUGAUGAUUUCAAAUUAACUAUAUCUUCAAAUGAUCGGUAUGUGAGUGGUUAGUUAGUAGUUGAUUUUUUGGUCCGGUUUUUCUUAAAAGAGUAAACACAUUUCUGUCCAAAAAUAGUUUGAAUAAUUUAACAGCUUCGUUAACAUGACGAUCUCAAGUGCUGUUGGAAGUGUAAGAGCGGUUGUCACUUCUGGGUUGCCUACACCAUAGAAUGAUAUUUAUUCUUGACGUAUCUCGAAGCGCAACCGCAGAGCCCAUGAAUAAACUUCCUGAGACCGGUCACACACGGGCUUUUAUGGGGUGCUUUUAAUAUGUUGGCUCCGUACAUCAAAAAGCCCUACCACCGAAUAUGGAAAUCCUUGGAGUAAAUAUGUGACAGUUUUUCUUUGUUGGAGGGCAGCAUCGCCUCAGAUGCAAGCCCGAUCGCCACAUCAAAGUAGCAGCUACGGUCGAAAAAUUAACAGUUUAGAAUAUAGAUACAUAUAUAUUAUAGCUUUUCUCUAUAUUGAUGCACUGUCAGUAACUUAUUGUACUGUGAAAUAUUAAAAAUUGGUACCUUAGUGGCAUGCAUUGAAAGUCAACUGAGAAUUGUCCAAUUACAAAAUGAUCGACUAAGACUAACUAACAAUAAUAAUGGGCUAGUAUUUAUAAAAAUUUCGUAACUAUGUGACUCAUGCCAAUCUUGUGCACUUAUUCUUUCAUUUCCGUACCAAGUUAUCAGUGAUCUGAUGUUGGGUCCAGAGACUGUUUAAGUGAGGUUGAUAAGUUAGUGUGUUCAAUUUGUUACACUUUACAAAUCUCGGCACAUCAAUUAGCCAGUCAUUAAGAAUCCGAGUAAUCCCAGUAUAUCUGUGCCGUUGGUGUUUUUGGGAGUGACUCCCGACUCUAAAUUUAAAAACAUAUUGGUCACUAACUUCUUUAUGUCGGUCAUGUUAUUUAUGAAGAUGUUUUACUUACACCUGUUGCUCCUUGUGGAGGAGCAUAGGCCACCAACGUAUAAUCAACUAUAAAGUAAAUAAUUAUACAAGAUAUGGAAAAAUUAUACAGUUAACUAGUGGUUAUCAGUAGCGAAUUUUCCUAAAAAGUAGAGGAUGCGCUUCAGUUUCAUUAAUAGAAAAUGGAAGCAAUACGUUCGUACAGCCAUAAUCGAAGUACAGUAAUCUAAAAUGGUAACCACCGAAAGAUGAUGUUAAGUAAGACUCAAUGACAUCAAAGAGUUAGUCAAUCCUGAAAUUCUCUAGACACUUUAAUAACAUGAUAUUUGCAAAUAAUUCAACAAAUAUAGAUGAAAUAUACGUAAAUACAGAGGGUGAUAGAAAAAGGAUUAUACGGAAAGGGAAACACCGAAAUGUUGUUAUUUAUUUAUUUAUUAGUAUUAUUAUUGAACACUGUUGGGUGCCGGCUCAGUGGUUUAGUGGUAAAGCACUCACGCGCUAGACUGAUAGGUCCUGGGUUCGAGUCACGUGAGGCGGGGUCGUGGGUGCGCACUGCUGAGGAGCCCCACAAUAGGAUGAGUUGGCCGUCCAGUGCGUCCAGGUUUUCCAUGGUGGUCUAGCUUCCAUUGACUCAUGAUCUCAACUAUUGAAAUUAUUGAUAUUGAUUGUUCAUAAAACUAUUUAUUCAUACGUUCUUUUUUCAAGUUUCGUUUUAACAGUAAAACAGUUUUAUUCUUUUUUUCCUAGUUGUAUAAUGACUGGUUCAUAUAAUAAUACUGUGAAAGUAUUUGAUCGACAAAAUCCAAUUGAAGGUUCUUAUAAACUUAUUAUGCAAGAUGAAGAUAUGAAUGCAUUCCAUGAUGCAUUUCGUACAACUGAUGAUAAUACUUCUGUGUUUGUUUCACCUAUAUCAUCAUCAACAUCAUCACCCGACGGUACUGAAUUAACGUGGCCACGAAGGAUACAUGAUGAUUUGAUUGAUAUCACUGAAAACUUUACCAGAUCAUCAUUUUCAGAUAAUAAUAUUAAUGAUAAUACUAGUACUAAUAAUCCCAAUGUCAAUGAAUCCAUAUUCACUGUGGAUGUUGGACGUAAAUGGUUGCAAGUUAGUUGGAGACCUUGGUCUACUGUAGCUGCUGUCAGUCAUACAGAUGGUAUCCACCUUAUUGAAGCAAUAAAUUAACAGAAUAAGUGCAAUUUUUAUAUGAUUUAUAUAUAUAUAAAUGUAUAUAUAUACAUACGUCUUUUUUUCCAGAAAAAUACAUUCCUUGUUGUGUUAUUUUUGCCAGCCUUGUUGUCUUUGGUCCUUAUUUUUUAGGAAAAAUAUUUUUACAAGUAAUAUUAUUGGCCUUAUAAUGAUGAACUUUUUCCGACGAAUAAGUUUGUUUUAUUUCUCCCUGUCUUGAGCUAUUUUUUUCUUCAGCAGAUAGUCACAAUUAACAUUCGGCGCUUUUUCCUUUUCCUCAUUUGUUCUCUCUUUCGUACUACUAGUACUAAUACUUUUACUACAACUGUUAUUGUUUGUUACUUAUCUUUAAAAAGAAAAAGAAGGAAAAAACCGUAUUCUCUUUUUUAAACAGACUACUAAUCAUUAAAUUGUUAUAUUCAUCCUUCCUUCUAACCACAACAACAACAACGAUGUACUUCAUUUUAUCUGUUUUGUUUGCCGUUGGUCUGCCAUGUAGUAAUUGCAUACCAUAUGCUAGGGAAAAUAGACAUACACACGCGCGCGCUUUGAAAACUCAACAGUUAGCUUAUUCUUCCUUCCUUCCUAUUCUCUUCAUUACUGAUAUUUUGUGCCAAACACAUAUUUCCAAUGUUUAUGUUAUCGCUGUUACUAUUACUCAUAAUAAUAGUAACAAUUAUUAUUAUUUUCGUUGCCUAGAUUUCAAUUUAUGUGUAUAACAUAUAUUUAUGCGCAUGUAUUUUAUGUACACUUUUCUCAUAGUAUGGUAUUAUUCUUUUCAUUCAAAAUAUGAAAACAACGAAACAGAUUAACCAGUUCCAAGUGGAAUGAAUACACAAUGUGUCUGAAAGUGUCUGUGUAUGUGACAAAAAAGAGAGAGCCAGAGAAAGAGAGAACAAGACACAUACACAUAACCGACCAUACAUACUUCCUUGUUAAACCAAUCUCGCUCAUUCACCCUAUUUUGCUUUCUCACUUCAUUGAUACAUUAUUUUAUGAUGAGUACAAUUAUUGUUUUACUACUUUAUUGACAUAUUUUAAUGAGUAUGAUUAUUAUUAUUAUUUAUUUAUUUAUUUAUUUAUUUAUUUAUUCUGAAUGUUACUAAAAUAGAUUAUGUUUGGUAAUUUCUAGGAUAACUUUUCUUAAUUUAUUUAAUAUUAUUAUUAUGAACAGAAUUUGAAAAAAGUAAUUAUUUAAAACAAAAAUAGACUUUUACUUUUGUGUUAUUUGUAAUUGUGAGUCGUUUCGUAAUUACUUAUGCCUGGUACUCCUCGUGCAGGAGCAUAGACUGCCUACCAGCACACUCCAUCCAACUCUGUCCUGGACAAUCCUUUCCAGCUCUUUCCAGUUGUUAUUCAUCCUUUUCAUAACUGAUUCUAUUUUUCGACGUAAUGUGUUCUUUGGCCUUCCUCUUUUCUGCUUCCCUUCAGGAUUCUAAGUUAAGGCUUGCCUCGUGAUGCACUUUGACAAUUUGCGUAAUAUAUGUCCUAUUCAUUUCCAUCGUCUUUUCCUAAUUUCUUCUUCAGCUGGAAGCUGGUUUGUUCUCUCCCAUAGAAGGCUGUUGCUGAUGGUAUCUGGCCAAUGGGUGUUGAUUAUCUUGCCUGUAGCUCUUCCAGAGUUACUGCUGGUCCCAAGCCCGGGUAAAAGAAGAGGGUCACAUAGAUGUAGCACUCGGUAUUUAUAUUACUCUAUUUUAUUUAUUUAAACUUAAACAUUGGUACAAGGGGGUACCAAAUAGAUAUGCGCCACGUAAAUCAUUUGAUUUGUGUGAGGGCUGGGAUGCUGCCCGGCUGCCCAAACCGAAGCAGGUGGUUUCCUUGGGGGGCUACACCCGGAGCCUUCGACGUAAAGGUCUAAUCCACAAGGCAGUGGAGCAACGUUAGGAGAUGCAGUUCCAUGGUAGCCGGUCACCAACGAUUGGUUUAUACGCAAUUUGUGCCCUCAAGAUACUGGACUCCAUGUGCACCAUUGGUUUGGAAUCAGGGUUUUCCAACCCCCCUAGGUGAACUCUUCAUGUCCAUCAAUCCAGUUAAAGCGCCAGACAUUCGCUUUUCGUUUUUUCAACUUCAUAAGCAUCAGUAAUGCCGCGAGAAGAUAGUUAUUAGGACUUCCCUGACAGUGGUUGUAUGUACGUAU